AUGAGGCCUACCGCACCGCUCAAAGCUGUUGCUCAUGGCAUUUUCCGAACUGUCCGCGCGGAAGUUCCCAUGAUUCGCAUUGUCACUGUAGACGUUGAGUCAGCUACAACAGAGAAUAUGGACACCAAACUGAUUGCCAUCAAUAUGGCUCUCAGACAAGUGAGCCCAGUGAAAGAUAUACAGCUUCCCAUUGAGUGCGAGAUUGCUGAACGUGACGGUCUGGUGCAUGUUAGCCGAGUUUGGCCGGAUGCCGGGGUAAAUAGACGCAAGGUUGAAGACAACACAGGAGGCGCUCCAUUAAUAAUGACCAAUUUCCAUGGGUCAGGAUCUACCAUUCGCUUGGUCACCAACAGGUCUGGUAGCUUGGAAGAGCUGCACUUCGCCGCCCAAGGCCCCGAUGAGUCCCAAGAUCGAGUGGUGAGACCGGAUGAUGUUGAGGUUGAGCUAUUCGCCUCUGGUUGUAACUCCAAGGAUUUGGACGUAGCCAUGGGCUAUUGCUCUCGAGGCUCAGAUUGCCUCGGUCUAGAGGGUGCUGGUGUUGUCAUCCGUGUUGGAGACUCGGUCAGCACUCGCUUUGUCGGUCAGCGGGUGGCAGUCUUCGGGCAGGGCUGCUUUGCCAACCGAGUCACUAUCCCAUGA